AUGGGAUUAAAAAUAUUAAUUCAUGGAAUUCCUGCUGCUUUGCAAAAUGUUAGUUUCUGCAAUGAAGUAUCCCAUGCAGUACCAGCAUUUGGAUUCAUCAUUGGGUUGUUACCACUAAAUGGAACAGCUGUGUACACCACAAGUCAAGUCACAGUCAUAGGGAGUACCCUUAUUAAUGACUUGAUUACUCUGUAUAUUGGAACGCAAAAUGGAAUUGUACUGAAGGUAUACCUUGAUCCAGUAGGCUUGAAAACAAAUGAACUGGAGAGAGUUAAACUGAACACUUCUAAGAUCAAAGCCAUCAGAGUUAUGAAUGAUCAAACUUUGUAUUUUAUGUCAGAGGAUAAGAUUUUUAAAUAUUCACCGGAGAAAAAGUGCGAGGAAUUUGUUGGAAACUGCACAUCUUGUAUGAUGGCUAAGGAUUCUAAAUGUGGCUGGUGCGUUGAUACUCACAGUUGUACAGAAAAAGCAAAUUGUUCAUCAAAGAAAAACUUUUGGCUUCCAUCUGCUCGAAACCAGUGUUUAAAACUUGAUUUGGGUGAAAAAACAGCUUAUCUGCUGGAUUUGGAAUCGGGUUUGAAACAAACUCAAAGUGUCAGUUUUGUCCCAGCUUUGGAAAUACAGCCUGAGAUGAAAUGUUUUUUAGAUAACAAACCUCUCAGGAGAACAAACAACAAUCAACAUUUAAUUUGUGAAAUAAACCUUGGUGACAGCAGCACAAUGAACUUGAAACCAGGAAAUGUCUCUCUAAACAUUCAAAUGAAUGGACAUAUACUUGCAGCUGCAGAUCUUCUUCUUUACAAAUGCUCAAAUUAUACAAGCUGUAGCCAGUGUGUUGGAGGUUUAACAUCAUGUUUUUGGUGUACAGAGGAAGCUCAGUGCAGAAGAGGUAGAGGAGACUGUAAAAACGGAGUAUCAGACUGUCCUCAAAUCAAUAAGCACAUUGAAAUGAUACCCAAUGGAGUUCCCAUGGAUUUAGAGUUUGGGGCCAAGAACCUGCCAGAUAAUUUCACAUAUCAAUGCCAUGUUGAAGGAAGACAAUACACAGCGGCAAAAGUAGGAGGAAACCUGGCAUGUAAAGAAGUCAAGGAAGAGUAUGCUGGAAAAGAAGAUGUCAUAAAAAGAAAGAUUCAGUUUACUUAUGGACCAGCAAGCCCUAAUGUAUCGUUGGAGACACUGGAAGGGGAUGCUGAGAUAUCAGUGUAUAAAUGUGAGUACUUGUCCCCUGUGACAACAGAUUGCAGCACCUGUAAAUAUUUGAAAGAAGAGCAGAAUUACGAGUGCAGAUGGUGUAAAGUAACCGGAUGUGUAGUAAAUGAUUCUGGUAGCAAUCAGCAGUGCCCUGCUACAGAACAAUGUGGGACACCUAUUGUCACAGGGAUCUCGCCUCCAAAUGGUCCUGUUUGUGGGGGAACAGAAGUUUCAAUCUCGGGAUACAAUUUUGGAAUAAAUAAAAGUCCACGCAGUGUUUCUAUUGGUGGUGUGGAAUGUAAAAAUACCAAACUAAAGAGUAGGAGCAUCACAUGUGAAACUGGAGAAACUUCACCAAAAUCUGGCAAGGUUACUGUCACAGUAGAUGGCCUGAGUUCAACAGAUGAUGUAUUUUUCAUUUACCAGGAACCAUUGAUAGAAGAUAUACACCCACAUAAAACAAUCAAAUCAGGUGGCAGGACCAUCACCAUUACUGGGAAAAAUCUUACUACAGGAAAUAUGAAUUAUGAUGUUUUUUUUGUACCAAGAAAUAUGCCAGGCCAAAAGAAUAUCAAGUGCAAUGUAGACAAGAAAAAUUCCAAAAAUGGUGUGAUAGUUUGCAGGCCAAAUGGUGCUACUGUCACUGGAUUUUAUUCUGUUGAAGUGACAUUUGAUGGAAAGACAGUGAGGAACUUUUCAUCACAAUUAUUUGAGUACCUUAAAGAUCCAGAAAUAACUGGAACAGAUCCAUCAGAAUUGAAAACUAUUAACAGUGGUGGAACUUCAUUUACAGUUUUAGGAAAAGGAUUUACAGAUGCACUGGAGUCUCUGUAUGUUGAACUUGGAAACAAUGAGGAAUCGAGAACUUCAUGCAAAAGAAAGAAUGAUGAAGAGAUAAGCUGUAGCUUUCCGGGAAGAGGAGACCUAAAUAGGCACCGCAGGAAAAGGGCCACUCAGGCUACUGUUGUCAUUCACUUGGACAGAUAUACAAAAAUACUCUCCGAUUCAGUUUUGUAUGUGGAUGAUCCAAAAUUAGAAGCAUUUCAGCAAAAUCAAACCUACGAGUUUGAUCCAGAUAAACAUGAUUCUAUUUUGCUUCAAGGAAGUCAGCUUGCAGUUGUGACCAGCAAAGAGGACUACUUUGUUUUGGUGGGGAGUGGAGAAUGUGCAGUUACGAACCUGAACAAUUAUAAUCUGACAUGCCGUCCUCCCUCCAGAAAACCAGACCCUCGUCUUCAGGAAGAUAGGCUUUAUAUCAGGAUUCGAGUGGGCAAUCUGAAUAAUGUUGUUGGGAUUAUUGAAUAUGUUGAAGACCCUCCCAUCAUGUACAUCAUCAUUGGUGUGUUAGGUUUCCUCCUCAUUGCGUGUCUCAUAGCUGGAGUCUUCAUCCACAGGAGAAUUCGGACUCGCAAUCAGAAAAAAAUCGAAACGAUGAUGUCAGAAAUGCAUGAAUUAGAACAGAACACAAUGCGCAUAAACCAAGAAGAGUUUGCUGAGAUGCAACUUAAUAUCACAGACAUAAAGCGUGACCUAGUUUCUACAGGAAUUCCCUACCACUCCUAUCAAAACUACAGUCAGUACAUGCUGUUUCCAAAGGAAGUGGAAGCUGGCACUCUGUUAAGCUUUCUGCAGCAUAGCGGGUAUUCCAGUAAAAAUGUCGAGAAGGCCAUGGACCAGUUUGAGAAGCUGAUGUCUAACAAAUACUUUGUCAAGUCUCUUAUUGGUACACUGGAGAGACAAAGGAAGAUAACUCUGAUUGACAAGGCACAAUUUUCUGCUAACUUCAGUGUUGUAAUGGUGGGAAAGAUGAGAGAUUUCUUUGAAAUUGUGAACUGUUUGCUGUCAACCUUGGUUGAUUCCUCCCACAAAAAACUGCACAAGACCUUGUUUAAUAGAUUUGAGUCCAUUACUUUGAGACUACUUUCACACUGGCUUUCCAUUUCACUCUAUCCUUACUUGAAGGAAGGUGGAGGGUCAUCCCUGUUCAUGCUUUACAAAUCCACCCAGGCUGUGGUCGAGAAAAGACCAGUAGAUGAAGUGACAGGAGAGGCUAAAAAUACCUUAUCUGAAGAAAACUUCCUCAGGGAGAAGAUUGACUGUCAGACCCUGAAACUUGAGAUUGACUUAAAUGGCAAUGGUAACUUGUACACCUGUGAGGUUCUGGACUGUGAUACAAUCAACCAAGUUAAGAGCAAGUGCCUCUACCAAAUAUACAAGAACAAACCUGCCUCAGAAAUGCCAACUAUAGAUGAAGUGGAUUUAGAAUGGAUGGCUGGCAAGAGUGGUCGAUUGACUUUGAGCAACAUUGACCAAACUAGUGAGCGUGGGGAUGGCAUGGUUCGCCGUAACACACUAAAACACUACCAUGUACUAGAUGGUAGUCGUAUGGCCUUACUGUACAAGUUCACCCCUGAUGAUGAACAAGAAGAAGAAGAUACAUAUGUAAACCAGCGCUCUCCAUCAGAUGUAGACAUCACUAUUCCAGCCAAUGUUCAAUUGAUUCAAUCUGUGUCAACGACUGGAAGUCUGGAAAACCUCAGACAGUGGCAUCUGGUGAAGAACCUGGAGGAGGAAGACUCACACGAGAAGAGUAUAAAACUGAAGGACAUCGUGAAGACAAGUCACAUCACCAACCUAAUGCAUACAAAACUAGUCUUACAGGACAAUAUUAAAGAAGUAUUUGACAGUGUCCUGAACCAUGAGACGGUUCCGUUAGUGGUGCAUUACCUAUUUGGCGUAUUGGAAAAUCUGGCUAAUAAGAAUGGUGUUGAACCAGAAACUUUACUGUGUUGGAAGAGUGAAAGCUAUGCCAUGCGGGUGUGGGCGACACUCCUAGUCCGUCCUGAGUUUCUGUUUGACAUUCAAAAAGUCAAGCACGUGGAGCCAUGUCUUGAUGUCAUCAAGCAGGUCUUCAUUGACUGUUUCCAUUCCACCAAGAUUAGCAAGGAUUCAUCCCUGCAAAAGCUGCUGUUUGCCCAGGAAGUUCCACAUUACCAGAAAAGAACAGAGCAGUUUUACAAGGCUUUAGCCAACAAGGCUGCAGUAACAGAUGCUGAUUUCUGGAACGAGAUGUCCAGACUAAAUACAUUACAGCAGGAGCAUCUGAAAUUCUCUAAACCCGCCGCUCUACAGAAGUUAUACAAAUUUGUUCAGCAGUACAUUGAAGAGAUCAUUGAGGAUUUGGAUGAAGGUCCUGAGACAAGUGGACUUCAAUUCGGCAAGAAAUUGGAUGAUAUUUUCCGUCAGAUGGAAACAGAUUCCUGACUAUAUGAUAGAUAAAAUGUUGAUGUGAUUGUCAUAAAAUGGACACUUAAAAGCUAAACUAUCAUUGCUGAAGUAGGUGUAUGUUGCACCAUAGCAGUGUGGUUUGGUGUAUAGCCAAGCAAUGUGUAGUUGUAGAAGGUAUAAAACCCAAAAACCAAAGACGAGUCAAGAGAAGCAAAAGCUUAAAGCCUAAAAUAUUUUCUGUUUACACCAUAUAAUUAUGAAAUAUAUAUUCAUGUAUAUGUACGUGCCUAUAGUUCAUUAUAUUUUGCCCAGAUUUCUGUAUUUUUAAGUUUCUACAAAUGGUAGUUUGAGAAACAAGAUGGUUGGAAAAGCAAGAGGUUGUUAGAGGUAUGUGAAGCCCAGUGUCUAAAAAUUUGGUGCAAAUUUCUUUUUAUAGCUUGCUAUAAUUUUUACCAAUUUUUUUAAAUGUACAUCAGGAAAUGUACUUCUUUUUUAAAUGUAAUUUUUAAAAUGAUUUUAUACCCUUUACAUUCAAAGCUACCCUGCCUUGUGUUUGAAAAUGCUGUGAAAAAAAGUACUUUUUAUUACAAAUGUACAUUUUGUAACAAUCAAAGUAAAUUUAUGUUUUAAAAUUGGGGUAUUACAGUUGAAGGGACACAUAGAGCUUCUUCCCUUUCUGUAAAAUUGUAAACCAGUUGAAAGUAUAAAUGUACAAAUCUCAUGUUUAUCAUAGCAGCAUUUCUCUCCUGUACUGCCUAUUAUACAUAUGCUUUGUAUGUACGUAUAUAAGAACUUUGAAUUUGACAGAAGCGUCCUUUUUGUAAAGAUAUUAAAAUAGUUUAUUUUGUGUUUUUAUAAUGAGAAAUAUUUUCAGGUAACAAAAGAGAGUCGAAAAUUGAUAAAUCACUAGGAUUGAUUCCAUAUGUACACUAUUUUAAUCAAUUUGAUUUUACUAUUGGAGCUCUUAAGUGAGCUUAUCUCAGAAACAGACUGUGAUGUUUAUUAUAUGUAUUAGAAUAAUUUAUGGAGUGUACAGAGUAUGAAAAGCAUAUAUUGCAAGCUGAGAAUUAUCAGUGCUAGUAAUGUUAAGACAAAACAGAAAUGCACAUACAUGAGUUCUAAAUGUAGUACUCUUUUUAUUCCCAGUGUAUAAAUGUUCCUUCAAAUUCAAUCUUCAUAUAUUUUAAAAAUAGAUAUAUUACAUGUUAGCAGAAAUAUAUACGUUUUUAGUAGUCUAAUUUUAAAGCUCUUAAUAGGUGAUGGUGAAAUUUUGUUACAUUUUCAAGUCCAUUUUUGUAGCAUGCAUUUAGUUAUUUACUUGUAUGUCUUAAAGAUUCUUUUUGCAUGAUUUAAUCAACCACAUUUAGUAGGUGAUUAAUCCUUAGAAGAUUUUUUAAAAAUAUGAUUUAGAUGAUCUUAAUUGAUAUUUUAACUCUUAGGAAUUUGAUUGACAAUCUCCAAGAUAAUUUGCAUAAUAUUGGUUAACAAUCAAAUUUUGAUUUUUUUUCCCUCCAAGGACAAAAGAGUUACUACACAUUUUAUGGUACACAAUAGAUUUUUUUUUCUUCCUCCAACACAUUCUAUGGUACACUAUACAAAUUAUUUUGAGGAACAAUCACAUGAAAGAAUGAGAAAUUCAACAGAUUUCUGAUUUCUUUUUUUUACGCAAUUUUGCAUGAUGUUAUUUUUCUUUUAUUUUAAUUUUUUUUUUGGUGAAAAACAUGACAUGAAUGCUAAAAGUCAAUUCAUAAAAUGACCUUAAGAGUUUGGGAAUUUUACAACUCAUACAUAUACUACUGAAUUCUUAAGGACUGUUGUAAAUAAUACUUUUAACUUAGAUUAAAAGUGGUGUAAAUGUGUACAAGUAGAAUGAGGAAUCUACUAAUAAGUGCUUAUAAUCAGUCAUUCCAUUCAAAAAAUGUGUAUUCUCACCAUGCUUAUUAUACAAAGUAGAACAAAGAAAUAAAGAAUUAUUUUCUUUU